AUGGUAGAUCAAACACAAUCCGAACGCAUCAAAGUUUCCCUCUUCUUACCCAAUCAAUUAUCUCGUGAAUCAAGAACUAAAAUUGCACACUUUUUACGAGAUGCAGGUUCCAAACACAUUCAAGUCUCGGAAAACGAAGGUGAAUUCAAUUGCUAUUCGGAUCAAGUAUUGUUAAUGAAUUCCGAGUUGCCAGAUGUAUUCAGUGUGGAUGCUGCCUUUCUUCCUCUAUUGGUUAAGAAUGGUCUCAUUGCUCCCAUUAAGGAGGAUUUGAAUCAACUCAUUCCUAAUUAUCAACCUUUUCAAUUUGCAUUGACAAGUUGUACCAUUCAAUCUGAAUUGUAUGGAAUUCCAAAUUUAAUUCAAACCAAUGUGGUGUUACAGAAAGAAUCUCCAAGUGAAUUCGCCUCGGUGCUUGAUUUGGCUCAACAUAAGGGAUACGAUUCGUUGGUGUAUCCUGAUGUUGCUUCUUCAGAUGCUUUACAUAUUGUGACAAAUUAUGCCUCACUUGCAUUGCAGGGAAGAACGAACAUGAUUUCAAGAAGUGUCUUUCCAGAAAAACCUGAACACGCUGAUGAACACUUUGUGACCUCCUACCGCACGAUAUUGAAUGCCACUCAAAUUGAAGGUGCCGAAGAUUUGGUCGAGAGUUGUCGUUACGGAAAGUGUAUUCCAUGUGGAGCCUAUAUUGGACGACUCGAACACAUGUGUGGUCUCAAAUGCAAAAUAGAAGAUGAAAAAUGGAAUUUAACACUCUUACCAUUGUUAGGAAAAGGUGCUACGAAAAUUACUCCAACUGUAUCAUGCAUUGUGUUAAACUCUCAAUUACAAGGACAACGAAAGCAAGAGGCUCUCAACUAUAUUCAACAAUUUUUCUCAGACACACACGUUGAUGAAAUUUUGCAACGUGGACUAGUCAUUCCAUGUGAUCGAAAUCGUCUGAAUCUUUGGGCAUCCAAUUCGAAUAUUUAUAGAGACGUCUUAUUCUGCCUUGAAAAGCAUGAGCGUGAAUCCAAUUUUUCGGUAUUACAGUUCGACCCAGAAAUGACCAACGUGGAAAUUCAACGAGUGGCCAAAAUUUUGCGUCAUCGCUUACAUCAUUUGGCAGUAGCCACACUGAGAUGUCUCACAGUCGAUAUGGUUGAGAAUGCAAAAAGUGGUCAUCCAGGAUGUCCCAUCGGCUUGUCACCUGUGGCCUAUGUCUUGUGGAAGUAUUUCUAUAGAAGUACUUGUAAAAAUCCAGCAUGGUUUAAUCGAGAUCGAUUUGUGCUCUCCAAUGGACAUGGAUGUGCCUUACAGUAUGCUCUUUUACAUUUGACAGGUUAUGAGUCCAUGCCCAUGGAAGAAUUGAAACGUCUUCGAAAAAUUGAUUCCAAGACACCUGGUCAUCCUGAAUGGCGUCACACCGAGGGAAUUGAAGCUACCACUGGUCCUCUUGGACAAGGUGUUUGCAAUUCGGUAGGAAUGGCACUCGCAGAAGCACAUUUAGCAGCUCGAUUCAAUAAGGAAGAUUUGAAACUCUUCAAUCAUUAUGUUUUUACAUUCUGUAGUGAUGGUGACAUGAUGGAAGGAAUGUGUAACGAAGGCAUGUCUUUUGCAGGUCAUCAAAGUUUGAACAAACUCAUCAUGUUUUAUGACGAUAACAAGAUUACCAUCGAUGGAAGUACUACACUGGCUUUCACACAAGAUACAGCCACAGUGGUACGAGGUUUUGGAUGGCACGUCAUUGAAGUGGUCGACGCAGAUUCCAAUUUAUUGGGUGUGAAAAAUGCCAUUAAGGCAGCUCAACUUGUCACUCAAAAACCAUCGCUAAUUAUUUGUAAAACAUCUAUUGGAUAUGCUACCAAGCAUGAAGGGUCUGCCAAAGCACACGGGUCAGCACUCGGUAUCGAUUCUGUCAAUUAUUUGAAGCAACUAUGUGGUUUUGGCACACAGAAAACAUUUUUCAUUCCCGAUCAAGUUCAAAAAGAUUUCAAUCAAAUAGCCACUCGAAAUGCACAACUUUACGAACAAUGGAAUACACUCGCUCAAGAAUAUUCCCAAAAAUAUCCAACCGAAUGGGAAACGAUCAUGAGAAUGAGUCGACAAGAACUCGAUGGAGACAUUGAGCCAUUACUUCCUACUUUCGAAAAAGAAGAACAGGAAGGAAAAGAACUCGCCACUCGAAUGACCUCUCAUAUGGUAUUAAAUUCCAUCAUUCGUGUCAUGCCUGGUCUCGUGGGAGGUUCUGCAGAUUUAACACCAUCAAAUUUGACCGAUAUUGAAGGCGGAUUGGAUUUCCAACCACAACAACGUCACGGAAGAUAUAUUCGAUUUGGAGUGAGAGAGCACGGAAUGGUUGCUAUUUCGAAUGGAAUUCUGUAUCAUGGCUUGUUGCGAAGUUAUGUCGGUACUUUUUUGAAUUUUGCAUCGUAUGCUUUGGGAGCCAUUCGUCUCUCUGCAUUGGCUCAUAUUCCAAAUAUAUACGUCUUGACACAUGACAGUAUUGGAUUAGGAGAAGAUGGACCUACUCAUCAACCUAUUGAAGUGUUGCCUGUUCUUCGUGCCAUUCCAGAUCUCGUAGUGAUACGUCCAGCAGAUGGACGAGAAACGUCAGGCGCUUAUUUAUUUGCUGCGAAGAGCACGGCCACUCCUACAUGCUUAAUUUUGACAAGACAAAAUGUACCUCAAAUUCGAAACACUGACAUUCACAAAACUCUUAAAGGAGCCUAUGUACUUGAAUCGACACAAGAUCCAGAUAUUAUUUUAGUAGCAACAGGUUCAGAAGUUCAAAUUAUUGUGAAAGCAGCAAAAAUAUUGAGAGACGAGCAUGGACUUCAAGUCAAUACUGUGAGCAUGCCAAGUUGGGAAUUAUUCGAAGUACAACCACGAGAGUAUAAGGAUCAAAUUUUCAUUCAGGGAAUUCCAGUCUUGUCUGUGGAAGCUUCUUCGCCUCAGGGUUGGAUUGGAAGAUUUUCACAUUUUGCAUUGGGAAUGACUACUUUUGGAGCAAGUGGAGCGUAUCAAGAUAUUUACAAAAAAGUUGGAAUUACACCUGAAAAUACGGUCGAUAAGGCGUUGAAAUUGAUUUCGAAAUUUAAAAAGUCUGCUCCUCCAUUGUUGCAUUCAUCAGUUCUAGAAUGA